AGAGGACGCUGUACGAUUUCUAUAUCAUUAAUCUGGUUCAUUCAUACCAUAAUCUUCAUACCCCCAUCGACGAUGUCUCCGGAUAUGCCUGAAGAAGAUCAUAGACCAGUCGUUUGGUUUGACAUUGACAACACACUAUAUUCUGCCAGCACCAAGAUCUCCCAAGCCAUGGGUCAGCGCAUCCAUGCCUACUUCGUCACUCUUGGGUUGGACGAUGACAAGGCCUCCGAGAUGCAUCACACGUACUUCACUCAGUACGGACUUGCACUUCGCGGUCUGACACGUCAUCACGACAUAGAUCCCAUGGACUUUGAUCGUAAAUGCGAUGGAACACUUCCUCUCGAUGAUCUUAUUAAACCAGACCCAAAACUACGAAAGCUCUUUCAAGAUUUGGACAGAACCAAGGUGCGUGUAUGGGCUUUGACGAAUGCAUACAAGCACCACGCACGACGAGUGCUCAAGAUAUUAGAUGUAGAAGACCAGAUCGAGGGCCUUGUUUACUGUGAUUACCAGCAAAUCGGCUUUACUUGCAAACCGGAACCGGAAUAUUAUCACAAUGCCAUGAAACAAGCGAAUAUUUCAGAUCCAUCCAAAUGUUACUUCAUCGAUGACAGUCGGCUCAAUGUCACAAGUGCUAAAGAACUUGGCUGGGGUCAUUGUGUACACUUUCACGAGGUCGGCUUGGAAAUUAUGGAUGGCGGAAAGCUGAAGAAACUUGCUCGAGAUACCGACACUAGUGACCCUGAUGCCAUCGUGGAGAUCAGCGAUUUGGAAGAACUAAGGACUGUUUGGCCUGAGAUCUUUAUAUAAUAAACUUCUGCACGAAACAACUCAAUGUACUAUGUUGUAUGGAUAGAUGAAUGAAUGUGAGUAGCCAGUGUCCCCGCGUAUAAAAAAAUACACGAAUCCAGUUAGAUAACUUAUACCUUAGUACAGGGUCGAUAUUGAAACUUAAAACAACAUCACGGUCACAACUUGUGAUGCUUCGUUCACCUCCAAAAUUACACCGUCGUAACCAUACAAGCCUGUGGAAAACAGCAGUGUGAUGUUGUCAUAUUCAUCUGUGCGGUCUAGUAACAUGGAGGGCGGCUCUCGGGGACUGAGGAAGUGACUGAUAUCUUCGAACUAAACUUUUCGAUCAGCAAAUAAUUAAGGAUAGCAAAACUGAGAAUC